CUAAAUGUGCUGCGUUAGCGUCAGUGGGAGUCCCCUUCGCUGGGUCCCUUUGCAGUAGUGUGGACUGGAGAGUUGUAGACCGAGCCGAGCAGAAGCGUGAACAACAGAAGUAGUGCCAUAAAGUGAACAUUUGACAUUAUCGCGAAGCUUUUUACUUUUACCGCGUGGAGCCGUGUUGUACUGUCAUCAGAGGGGGAUACCGAAAGCUUAAACGCGCGCGACAGCUGGCAUGAGCUAACCGACCAGACAUGGAAACCAAACCUUUCUUGUCAUUGGGGUUCCUGAAACCCCAAUGCUCGAUACCACUGCCACCUCAGAGAGGACGAGCAGAAGCAUGCACAUGUUUCAGCGGAAUGUGUGCUCUUCAUCAACGCAGGCUUUCUACAGACUCCUCUGGACAUAUGACGUCCUCUCCUCUCAGUUCUCCCACAUCCCACCGGGGGAUGCACCCGUCACUGCUGAGCCCGACUUCUUUAGGCCCCUCAGGGUCUCUGCACUCCCCCAUCAGCACUCUGAGCUCACCCAUGAACGGCCUGGGCUCUCCCUUCUCUGUCAUCAGCUCACCCAUGGGACCACAUUCCAUGGCAUCACCCGGGAUGGGCUACGGCCCCAGUAUCAGUCCGCAGCUGAACUCGCCCAUGAACUCUGUCAGCAGCUCAGAAGAUAUCAAGCCGCCCCUGGGCAUCAACGGUGUGAUGAAGGUGCCAUCGCAGCCCUUGGGCACCCCCCUGUCCCUCACCAAACACAUCUGUGCCAUCUGUGGCGACCGCUCCUCAGGUAAACACUACGGUGUUUACAGCUGCGAGGGGUGCAAGGGUUUCUUCAAGAGGACUGUGCGCAAGGACCUGACUUACACUUGUCGAGACAGCAAGGACUGUAUUAUCGACAAACGCCAGCGCAACCGCUGCCAGUACUGCCGCUAUCAGAAGUGUUUGGCCAUGGGAAUGAAAAGAGAAGUGUUGUUACAUACAGCCGUCCAGGAGGAGCGCCAGCGAGCAAGGGACCGCAACGAGAACGAGGUGGAGUCGACCAGCAGUGUGAACGAAGACAUGCCUGUGGAGAAGAUCUUGGAAGCGGAGCUCGCUGUGGAGCCCAAGACGGAGACUUACAUUGAAACGAAUGUACCAAUGCCCUCGAAUUCACCCAAUGAUCCAGUCACAAACAUCUGUCAGGCCGCAGACAAGCAGCUUUUCACUCUAGUGGAAUGGGCCAAGAGGAUCCCGCAUUUUUCAGAGCUCCCGCUGGACGACCAGGUCAUUCUUCUACGAGCAGGAUGGAAUGAGCUCCUCAUUGCGUCAUUUUCACACCGUUCGAUAGCAGUGAAAGAUGGGAUACUUUUGGCCACAGGAUUGCAUGUGCACCGCAACAGCGCCCACAGCGCCGGAGUAGGAGCCAUAUUUGACAGGGUGCUGACGGAGUUGGUGUCAAAGAUGAGAGACAUGCAGAUGGAUAAAACGGAGCUAGGGUGCCUUCGAGCCAUCGUCCUCUUCAACCCAGACUCCAAAGGCCUGUCAAACCCAGGUGAAGUGGAGGCGCUGAGAGAGAAGGUCUAUGCCUCUCUGGAAGCCUACUGCAAACAGAAGUACCCUGAACAACCUGGAAGGUUUGCUAAGCUGUUGCUGCGGCUCCCUGCCCUUCGUUCUAUUGGACUGAAAUGUUUGGAGCAUCUGUUCUUCUUCAAGCUCAUAGGAGACACGCCAAUCGAUACCUUCCUCAUGGAGAUGCUAGAGGCGCCCCACCAAAUGACAUAAUGACAUAACGCCCUCCUGUCGCCAGGAGGACACAAGGGUCUGCCAUCCCAAAGGCCUUUUAGAAACUGAAUACGUGACACCAUUUGCCAGAGCAAAGGAACUUUCAGAACCGCCGCUCAACUCAGCGUUUCCAAUACACCGUCAUGGCGUCCAUGGGUCUGUUUUAUACUUUGUAUAAAGAUAUAAAUAUAUAUAUAUAUAUAUAUAUAUAUAUAUAUAUAACACAUAAGAAAAAAGAUGACAAUGGACUUCAAGCCCGCAGACAACAGUGGACAGUGGUGUAUAAAACUAUUUUUCAGCUGGUGCAUAUGAAAAAAAAAAGAUUGAUUGAUUGAGGUGCAGUAAUUGUAGCAAUGUCUUACGCAAGCUCGUGUACGUUGGGAUUUAAGAUGGGAGAGAUCCAGGAUUCAUUCAGGAUUGGAUAGGGCCAUCCUGUGCUGGCGUGUCUGGGCACAUGAAGACUUAUGGGAGAUAAUAAUAAUGGUAAUGCGGGUAAUAAUCGGGGUUUCUAACACACAUUGUGUUUUUAGCCCCUGAUGGGAGUUCUUGCGAUUACAAUCCUGCUCAAAAUGCCGUUUUCCCCUCAAGGGGGCUGUUCCUGACAGAAUGUUCUUGUAAUUACUGUCAUUUAAAAAGUGAGUGUGCUGAACAAAGAAACCCAAGUGAGGAAUCACAGACUGCAUUGGUUCUCUCAGUUCACCCCGAGCAUCAUCAGUGGUGGGAAGGAGACGCAGAGAGGACGUGACGUCAGGAUCAGAUAGGAAGGGACACCUGAGGUCGCUGUGAGCAGAUCCCAGUGUCUAAAAUGAGCCACACUGAGUUUUGGACUACGAUCAUUCACAAUUUUUCCAUUAUGCACACGAAACACGAGCUUUUAAAAAUCCAAUCUGCCUGUUCUCACAGAGCCCAUGAUGCUGAAACGUGAAUGACGUAAACCACUCCCACUGUGUCUCAUCUGUAUACCAAUUCACCUCAAGUGGUUUGACAUUUGUACAGUUUAUUACAACCAAUUCAGUAUUGGUAUCCUGUAUUUUUUGGAUGAUUUUUCAAAAUGUUUGUUUGCCGUUACCUCUCGUUCAGUUACUUUUACUAUGGUAUAUUGAUUUCUUUCUGUCCCCCAUUCACUCCUUCUUCAGCCUUUCGCUCGGGCCAUCUCAUGCAUUCAGGUCUUGCAAAUCUGUGUUAUCAUUAGGAUGUUUCUAAGCACUUAACCUCGUGUUUCAAGUCCCAUUGUUGUGUUUUUGGGGCUGCCUUUUUUUAUGAGGUAUCAUGUUUUUUUUGGGUUUGUAAUUUGCCAUUUUCAGCUGGGUUUUUUUGUUUGUUUGUUUUUUAUUUUUUAUUCUGUAUGCUGCUGCUGCUGCUAAACUAUGCAUUUAGCUUUUUUUCUUCUCCCAAAGACUGUCCGUAAUGAGGCUGAUUUUCAGACUCUGGCAAUGAAAGACCACAUGUGGACAAGUUUAAACCGCCAGGACCAAGAUUCGAGUCUCCAGCAGAGAUAUUAAGGUUUCGCAUAGGGUCGAGUGGAGCAGUACUGCUGGGGAAUAAUACUGAGGCAAUGGGAGAGCUGAGACUUCCACCUAGUGGUGGAUAUGCAGCACUGCAACAUUACUUGAAUUUUGUACAAGUAUUUAAUCGGAUAAAAGAAGUAGCACUUUUACGUGAAAUUAUCAAUGUUUGUUUUUGUUUAAAUGCAGUCUCACAAGGGUCUUCAGCAAUAGCAUGAAUUAGAUCACUCGAGAUGGUUUAUCCAGAGUGAAGGCCAACCAACUUAAAUCAAUACUGUUUGUUAAGAUGCUUCUCUAUUGCAUUUCUGAAAAUCAGUUUUCGUCCUCUUACCCUCAUUUCCUUUGCGUGGCAAAUUAGUUUUAUUGGCUUCACUAGACUUUUUAAUGGAUGAGGAUUUUGGAUCACUGGCAUCUUGAAGCCAUAUUCAGGUUUGUGAUCAAAAACGUUCGUUGGAAAUGGAGUGAUGGAGAAAUGAUAACCUAGAUAGAAUUAAUACAUACGCAAAUGCUUUAUAACAUAAAGCUAUAUUUUGUCUAUAUGUAAAUGUGUGUAUAUUUCUAAAUAUGAAAGUAUAUGAAUCCAUUCUUUAAAUGUUUUCCGAACAAUGUUAGUAAUGGAGCCAAGCGUUUUUCCUUAUUGAUUAAAGCCAGGCCUAAUUGCACUGUUCUCAGAUACUAGAAAUGUUUUUAAUUGCUGAAGCUUUUGUGUUCAGCCUUGAAUCACACACACACACACACACAAAAGGACAAUUUUUACCAGCAGUUCAGAACCCUAAGAAUUUGUACACCAGCUCCUUGACUUAUGAAUCAUUUUAUGUUCACAAACCUUGAACAAAUGUCUUGUUAGUAAAAAAAAAAAAAAAAAAAUCUGAAGGAACCUGUUGCAUAGCCACUUUUGUUCAUCAUUUCAACUAGUGAGGAUAAACUCUGACCCUGACACAAUCACCGCUUCAGUCGUCACAGAGACGGGACCUUUUAAAAAUGUUGAGAAAAUCAUAGGAAAAAAAAUCUAUUUUUGUACAAAUGUAAUUUUAUCUCUUGCUUAUAUAACCUCCCUUCCUUCCUCUUUCUGUGGGCUGUUGUGUACAUUGUGUAAAAGUUGAUCUGAAGUGGGAAAAAUUUCAAAUCGGAGCAUUUGAAAGUGGAUUGUGUGAGGGAUGACGUCAAAUCAGACACCUUCACCCUUUUCACAAACACUUUGCCUUUUGAUUUCCUUCUUUCCCCAUCUCAAAAAGAAGGACUGUCCUCAUCAUAUUUUGUCUCAUUUUUAAUGAAAUGGAUGAAGUCAUCUGUUCUACUUUGUGAGUUGUUCUUUGAUGUUUUGUCUUUCAAUCAAAUUAAAUGUCUAAU